GGGUGUGGGGGCGAUUUCGUUCUUGCUUCGUGGGUUGCGCGCUUUUUUUCUCUCCCGCCGCCUUUUGGGUAUAUGUAGGUGAGCUUUUGAAAUUCAGAUUGGCGCAGAAACGGGUAUGUCUAUAGACCGGCUUUUGAUUUGGGUUGGCCGAUUGCACUGCGGGGGAGGCAGGGAUCUGUUUUAUUUUGAAUUGUGGGUACAGUGUCUUGCUGGAUACGGACUUGUUCUACCUGGGCCACUUGAGUUCGUCUUCUUUGAACUUUUACGCUUUGAAAUUGAGAAACCCCUAUUAGAUGAGAUUAGGAUAUUGACUCUAAAGUAGGCUCUAAAAUAGUACCUGCAGGUUCCCAACUUUAAAAUUCGAUCAGGCCUGCAGGUCACGUCCGCCUCUCCGAAACUGACGCGUCCAGCUGAGCCGAAUCGACGUUUAUGAUGGAUCGAUGGAUCGAUCUUUCUCAUUUUACGAGCACUGUCCAGCGUCAACAUAUACGAUCGCCCCUCCUCGCAAUUUUAAAGCGAUUUCCGAUGUAAGUCGGAGCAAGAAACAGCAGCUCAAUAGCCCCAUUCAGUAUAAGCGCAAACAACCGCACAUCCGGCCGUGCAUCGAGAAAGCAUUAAACUCCCGGUAAAGCUGGCGGGAUUUUAAUUAAAGCUAAAACAAUGGCGCAAUCAAUCGAGAAAGCGCCUGCACGCGAGCAACCACGUCGCCCCUAGGUGUUUGAUGGGCCGCGUGUAGAAGGUAUAUGGAACUUUAUAUGGAACACCGAGAGGGAUCUCCGUUCUAUUCUUCUUCUUCUUCUUCUUCUUCUUCUUCUUCUUCUUCUUUUUCUUCUUCGAGGGUUGGAUGGCAGGUCAUUUUAAGCUCUUUCCGACAAACUGACCGCGAUGUAUUUUCCGAUAUUAUUCACCUGUAUAUGCGCGAUCGAAAGCUUAAUCUUGCGAGACUCUUCGAUCUCGCGGGAAUAUUUAUACAUGAUGUGUUUUGUGUUCGAGAAACCGCUAGGGGGGGGGGGGCGGAAUUUGAAGAAUACGCAUUUUUUUUCAGCCGACGCUUUUAUACGACAAAUCAAAGCAUAAUUGAUGCGAGUACGGUUAAAAAAUUUGUUUGUUCUUUCGUGUAAACUCGUUUACCGCGCGCGCGGACUCUAUUAUUACACGCGCGAUCACUGUCGGAAAUAAUUAACGAGCAAACGCGCGAUCCGAGAGCUACUCGUGUGUAAAAAUAGUCGUAUAAUACAACAAUAUCGUCGAGAUUCAACGCAUUUGGCACCUAGAUAUAGUUCGGGAUAUAGAAAAAUUUAAUUGUUAUAAAAACUAAAGUAUAAUAUAUAAUAAAAAAUUCUUUUUUGAUAGAUUGCGUAUACGGUGCGCGACGAUUAAAUAAUCAUGUCAUAUAAUAAUUGGCGAUGAGUUCGAUUAUGAUCCUUUCAGAUAAAUAGUAAACAUUACGAUACGAUAGUGACAUUUGCUUUUUUUUAAUAUAAGAAGACCACCUGUAUAUCCGAAAUCUGGAAACGAUAGAAUUACGAACUUACUCCUAUAUCUUAACACAGCUUUAGGGCAAUUAACGUUUAUUCAGCAAUUUCCGACAUUGCACUCGUGCACGAGUGUUAUACCUAUAUGUAUGCGACGUUGCGCCGUUAUUGUCAUCUCGAGAGCGUGACGUCAUCGGGCGCCGCGAGAAAAAAGAGAGAAAAUUAGCUCGAGGAAACUAUAUACUGUACAACGACUGAAGAUGGAUAUGAACUUUUGCGUCGCAGAGUCUGCGCACUAUAUCUUAAGUUUUGUUUUAAUAUCAUAACAGCUACAGCGACUGCUUUUAUACACCAUUUAUAAUACACAUAAGGUAUGGUAGAGAGGAUUAAAAAGACAAAAAUGCCUUUGCACUAACUGUCUCAAUUUUCUUUUUGCUUUAACUGUAUACGUAUGGACUUUAUAACGACUAAGGAUACUCGCAUUUUAUUGACAAGAGUGCGAGCACCUGAUCACAUUGUUUAUAUGAGUAAUUAUUGGUGAUUAACAGAUAGGAUAUCAUUGUUCUAUAAACAGCAUAAUUAUUACGUUAUUGUAUAUUAAUAUUUUCUCAUAUUUAUAUCUGAUCGAAAUAUUCCUAAAAUAAAAUACAAUAGGCACUGAAUAAUAUAAUAUUAUUAUCGUUCUAUGUCCCAAGAAAGAGUAACAGCACGCAACGCAGUAUAUAAAAUCCAAGAAAAACAAUCUCGGAAAGAUUUUAAUAAUACUGCAGGCAUGCGACCACCGAGCGAAAUCCCGUUACGAGUUAUAUAUACCUAUAUAUAUAUUCGCUUUGUCGCAUCAAGGUCGCGCUGCAGCUGAUCAAGAAAUAAAAACGAUGUAUAGUUGUGCUAAUAAUCUCAGUAUCGCUAUUAAGUAUAAUCACUUUCAUUGUACCUAAGUAUCAAAAAAUACACAGGCUCACUUGGAGGCGAGCGACAUACAUACAAACCUCUGUUUAGAAUCUAUCUAAGCGUUGAGAUGAGUACACGUGUACCCAGUGCAGUCUCUUCUCUCACUCUGCGUCUUCGGGCGGCGCCGUUCUCUCAUCACAUGCACACACUCGCGUAAACAGCUCACACACGCAUAUAUAGAGGGUGGGAGGCCAGACACCGGCGAUACUCUCCGCCGCGUUAGCUUCUUUGCUUGCCAUCCCGUCUCCUUCUCUCCCCGGUCGCGCAUCUACUCUGUAUAUAGCGCACGCGUCCAGACAAAACACACACAUUAUAUAUACACACACACACACACGCCUGCGCGGCUAGAGGACCACAUCCCGUCGCUUUUUUGCUCCAAACAGCUCCACUCCUAGCUCACGGGCAACUGCUACGUUCGAGAACAAAGAACAAGGUUCGAGUAUCUCCGUCUCUGUCUACAGCAGCGCCCGCAUUCCCCCGGCGCGACGCAAGACAGUACACGCCAGUGUGUUUUCGCGGAGCUUGGCAUACUUACACACUGCAGCGUCUGCAGCGAGGAAUUCGCCGGCCUCAAGAUGGGAUUGAAGGAAUUUAAAAUACACUUCGACAGUCCCUACGCCACUUAUUAUCCUGAUCAGACGGUCACCGGUAAAGUCAUCCUCACCAUCGAUUCGACGAAAAAAAUCAGAGGUAUCAAAUUGAGUGUCAAGGGAGAAGCUGAUACAUAUUGGUCCACUGAUAGACAGGAAUUGAACAAUGAAGGACGUUACAUUAAUGAGACAGACGUGGUUACUGCUCACGAGGAAUAUUUCAAAGCAGAAUUUUAUCUUCUUGGGUCUUCCUCUGGAGAAGAAAUAGAGCUGCCCGCAGGAACACACACCUAUCCAUUCAACUAUGUGCUUACACCAAAUUUACCCAGCAGUUUUGAGUCUGAUUUUGGACGUGUUCGCUACACAGCAAAAGCAAGUUUAGACCGUCCAUGGAAGUUUGAUCAAGAAACUAAAGUAGCUUUUACAGUAGUUUCUCACCUGGAUUUAAAUCAACAACCAAAUGCAGCUGGCCCAGUGAUGUUUGAAAAGAGCAAAACAUUCUGCUGUUUGUGCUGUGGCUCACCACCAUUGGCUGUCAAUAUUUCACUGCCAGUAAGGGGAUAUGUACCUGGACAAACUAUACCUGUGAAAGUCAAUGUUGAAAAUCAAUCAGGCAUUACUGUUGAAACAGUAAAACUUAUUCUUCAGAAGAUCGUAACUUAUACUGCAACAACUCCACGAUCAGAAACUAAAGUUACAGAGGAUACAAUCUCAGAAGUAAGCAAGGGUCCUGUAGGAGGCAAUGAAACUACAAGUUACGAGCAGAAUUUGGAAGUACCACCUCUACCUCCAUCGAAUCUCAAAAAUUGUGGACUGAUAGACUUGGAAUACAAAUUAAAAGUAGAAGCUUGUGUUACAGGAUUUUAUCACAGAAAUCUCACGGAAAGUACUACUAUUUAUAUUGGAACUGUUCCGCUGUCCAACUAUCAACUACCACAACCUCCAGCUCGUGGAACAGAUUAUCAUACAAAACCAGCAGAGGCGGCGCAGGGAAUGUAUCCGUCCAUUCCAUCUCCAUCAGCUCCAGAAGAGCCUACUGAUAAUUUCAAUCCUCAAGGCUCAAGUCUCUAUCCUAACCUUGCACCACCAUCUUACGAAGAAUCCAUGUUUGGUGCUAGAACUCUUCGAGACCGCGAGGAGUCAGAGCACGUCAUUGGAGGGGGAGAUAAGUUUGCUCCAAGAUAUCCUGUUUAUAACUUUAAGCCUUCAGAAUAGCUGCCUUCAAAAUAAUCUGACGAGCAAAAUAUAUUGUGAUAAUAGAGGCAUUUUGUGUAUCGCAAAGCCUGAGCUUUUUUCAAUUGCAAUGAAACAGAUAUUAAACAAAGACUUAUCUUUUAUAUGAUUAUUAUAAAUUUUACGAUUGGAAUUGACGCACAAAUAUGUAAAGCCUGGCCUUUUUUUCAUGAAAAAUACUACACACUUUAGAGGCGUCAACUAUAUAUAAUAUAUAUUUACUAUUUUUGACAAAAGUGUAUAUUCUUAAAUAAAUGUAAUGUACAAAAUAAAAUAUUAAUCGCUUAUAUGUACUUCGA